AUGACGGAAAAAACAAUCUCAACAGCUACCAACAAACAAAGCAAGCUAGCGAUGUUUAGUUUAUGAUAUGCUUGUAUCAAUGUUACUAGCUAGAUAGAUCAUUGUGAAUUAGCAUAAUAUAGAAAAACAAAAACACUGUUUCAUUGAAAAGGGGCCAAAAGCGUCAGGGCACAAUGUCGGGCUCCGUUGCCGAUUUCCAGGCGCAGAUAGCCUCGAUCAUGGAGGUGCUAGCCAACGCGGCUGUAGCCGAAAUCUGCAAAGUUGUUGACGAUGGUUAUGCGGUUGUACAUCUGGAGAUGACUCAAAGCCACAAGGAGAACGAAUUUCUCCGGAGGAAAAUGAAAUUGAUGGAACUUCAGGUCGCCAGGUUUCGAGCAGAUAGAACAAAGUCUUCAGAGGGGUCCGUCCACAACCGCUUCCAUGGAAUACGCCUCCUAAACAGACACAACCAUCGAGAAACUGCAACGACAGGACCUACUUGGCAAAGCAGAAACAGACUUUCCAACAGGAGUUUUGGGAACAGCAGCAUUCAAAGAGACAGACAGCCCAUAGACGUGGAUCAAGAGGAUGUCUCUCCAUCAAAGCAUAUGGAUGCUACAAGUGAUGAGCAGUCAGGAGAGACAGAGGAAGGGGAACCAGACCUGCUGAUCAUCAAGGUGGAGGGAGAAGCAGAUGACCAGGACUCUAGGAUCAGCCACCCAGCUAGAACAGUGGAGGGCAGCAGAGAACUAACCACCCAACCGGCUGCAGCCACCACAGAGGACCCCGCCUUCCAGCUCAGUGGCCCCAGAGGCAACAACAACUACAACAACAACGCUAUGGAGGUCAGUGGAUCUGAUGCCGUCCUCCUCCAGUCAGAAACAGGGACUGUGAACCAGGGACCCCAGCAACACAUGGGAUUUGAACCGAAAGCAGAGAGACCGAGUCUGGACACAAAGUGUGAUAUGGACGGGGACCUCACUCUCCUAAGAGAUUCUUUAAACCAGGUGUGGAGAGAGGUAGUAGGGACGGAUGAUGGCGCCUCUGCUGCUCACACUAAAGUCAUGGACCUAGGGAGUGGCUCAGUGGACCCAGAAACACAGAAUAGAUCGGCCACAGAAAUGAGAAGUGUAGGGUUAGAAAACCACAGGUUUUCCCCCAAGUCAUUCCAUUCUUCAUCAGAACAUGUGAUAGUGAUUGACUCUGUAUCCAGUGGGCAGCAGGUAGAUAGAGAUUUUGAGUGGUGUCAGGUGGGUACAGCUACUACACCACAGGUCAAUGGGACUGAAAAUAAGCAGGGAGUGGGAGUGUUUAACAGAAACGCACCAAUGAAUCACCACGAUUCGAUGAGAGACAACACCACGCAAUUUGUUUCACCCGGCUUCCGGGCCUCUGAGAUAAAUACAGGCAUGCAUGUUGGCACAGGUGAGGCCAAUAAAGCUAGUUGGUGCUCAUUGGCAAGCCUCCAGAGAUACUCUGAAAUACCAGGAAGAAGAGCUCAACAACCAGCUCAUACCUCACUUCCUGAUUGCCAUUUUAGACCAAGUGCCACAACUUCCUCCCACUCGAGUAAUCUCGCCACAGACGUUAGACCUGGUACCGUAGAACGACCGUAUGGUUGCCCGAGCUGCAAUAAGAAGUUUGUCCACGAGAGUGACUUGCGGCAGCAUGCUGUCAUCCACACCAGAAAGCGGCCGUUCGCCUGCACCUUGUGUGAGAAGAGAUUUGUGUCCCGCGCCAAGCUCCAAAUGCACCUAAACGUCCACACUGGCGAGAAGCCCUUCAGUUGUACACAUUGUGGGCGCAGGUUCUCCCACUCCAGCAAUCUGAAAAGACAUCAGAAGCUUCAUCAUUGAGAACUGACGUGGAACAAGAGAUUCCUAUUGAAAAAAAGCUGUUAUAGAAAUAUCAUGAGUUCAAACGUCAUUGGUUCUAACAUAGUCGUAUGUCUGCAGGAUAUUUGCCCUGGUCUCAUACGUCUACAAUACAACGUGGUUCAUAUUUACAUUAUCUACAAAGACUGUUACGUUUUCUUGGCUUCUUUAAUGCCAACAGCAUCACUCACAUUGACUGUUAAGGUUGAUAAUGGUUCAAUAUAACUGCCUCAGACUAAAGUUAUAGCAGCUACUGAAAUUGUACUGUCCAUUUGUACCAAUUUGACCAAUGGCUAUUGGCUAUUUGACCAAUGGCUAUUGGCUAUUUGACCAAUGGCUAUUGCUGUUUGUUUGUCAAUUCCUAUAAUUCCAUCAAUAAAUCAUAUUUUUCAAAGAA